UCUCUGUGUUUUAAAUUAUUAGCGUUUAAAUCUAUAAUGUAUCAAAAUUACAAAAGUAAUCUCAAGCUUAUAGCGAAUUUCAAAUUGCGCGCCACGUGCUAAAUGCCGGAUACUUGAAAAUUGUGUGUGCACAUCAAAAAAAGCAGAACUUACAGGAGAAGCAGCAACAGAGAAAAAAAUAAGGAAAAACCGAGUGAAGCAAUUAUAAACGAAAAACUUUCAACGAGAUAUUGUUCACAAUAUUGUUGAAUAUUUGCGUCAUUUUGGUUCUUUUAGUUUCUCUUUCUCUCAACUAAAACUAAACACACUCACACACACAUACACUAAUACUAGUGUAUAUCGUGAAUUAAAAAACGCUUGCGUUGCAAAAGGAUUUUGCAUUGAACAAUAUCAACAACAACAAGAAGGGAAAGAAGCCGUUAUGGAUAUCUUGAAGAAAAUGUUCCAAUCGGAGUUAGAUCAGCAGCAGCAGCAGGACGCCUCGUCGGCCUCUAACAAGGACGAGUUCCGCAAGCCGCAAUGGUUCGAGGAGGCGGAGACUGAUGAUGAGCUCUUCGAUGACGAUCGCAAGUUUGCGUUCCAAGUGUUCACGAGUCCUCUGGAGAUGCAGAAACACUUUGAGCGUCAGUUGCAACGUUUGCUCGAAGCGGUGCACGAAGAUGAAUCUGAUGCUGGUGUGGAGCGCAAUCUGCGCGAUGAGUUUCUGAAGCCUGGCUUUGAGAGCAAGAUUCUGAAGGAGUUUAACCGCAAGGAAGGUCCGCUGGACACUGAUCUGGAUGGGGAAAUCUAUGCGGAUCAGUUGUACUCGCUGAUUCAGCGCAUGAAUCCCGAGGAGGGCAACGACAACAACAUUCUGCGCUCGAAUCAGCGACGCAGUUUGCCACGCGCCAAGAUGUCGGAUGAGGAGUUGAUCAUGGGUCGCAUUCAUGGGACUCUCGGCAAGGAUGGCGAUCAUCUCAAGACGAAUGCGUUGCGUCCGUCGCCGCGUCCGCCGUCGAACGGCAAACCGAGCAUGAUGACGCCCAUGACUCCGUUUGGAGGCGGUGGCGGCAUCUUCGAUGGCAGCUACCAAGGGCCCAAGAUGUUUAGCCAGAGUGUCAUGACCAAGACGGUGCGCAAGCCCGAUGGCAGCUACGAGACCACCAAGGUCACUCAGGAUUCGUCUGGCCAAAAGACGACGACUGUGACACGCAUGAUCGAUGGCCGUCAGGAGACUGUGGUGACCCAUGGCAACGGCAACGGCAAUGACAACUCGGGCGGAACGGUGGCCAGGAUUGGAGGCGGAGGAGGAGGAGGAGGCGUGGCUUAUGCGAAUCGCAAUCUAUUUGUGACAAAAGAAGGCUACGCCAUGCCACGUAACCUCUGGUGACCAGUGGUGAACAACUAUUGCCCCAAUCAAGACCAACAAGACAAGCGAUCACUGUUGCUCCCACCCAGGCAGCAGCCACAACAACAACAUCAACAACAAUAUCAAGAGCGAUUCGUCCCACACAACAACAACAACUACUACAACAAAAUCUACAUCAACUUUAUCCAAAUUAGAAAUUAUUACAUUUUAGUUUACAUUCUC